GGUCAGGAUGGAAAGGCUUACACAGGCAGGGGAGGAAACAUGUCAUGAGAGGUGAUGACACAGAACCGGAGAGAUAUCCAAGUUCGCCGCUCGCCGCCGCUUCUCCUGCUCCUGCUGCUUUUACUGCGUCCCACAGAGGAGAGAGAGAGCCAAAGAUAGCCUCCGUCCUCGCUCGCCCACCUCUCUCUCUCUCUCUCUUCCUCUCUUUUUCACUUUGUUUGUGAAUGAUGGGAUUUUAAUCAUGUGGAAGACAGCUGAGCGGCUCUUCUGGAUUUCGCUGACGCUGCGCCUGGUCCCGCCUGGCCUCCUCUGAGCAGGAUGGAAACUCUGGAGUCAGAGCUGACCUGCCCAAUCUGCCUGGAGCUCUUUGAAGACCCGCUGCUGCUCCCCUGCGCCCACAGCCUGUGCUUCGGCUGCGCCCACCGCAUCCUCAUCUCCCACUGCGCUACCAACGAGUCCGUUCAGAGUAUCGGCGCCUUCCAGUGCCCCACCUGUAGAUAUGUCAUUUCCUUGAGUCCUGAGCGUGGACUAGAGGGACUAAAGAGAAACGUGACCUUACAGAACAUUAUCGAUAGAGUCCAGAGGGCUUCCUCUUCAGCUGGGCUCCCUUUACCGCUUCCUGCGUCCCACAGCGGGCCCAACUCUCCCGGAGAGGAAGGGAGCAACAGAUUGGCGCUGGUUCCUGUCAGCGCCGCCAUGUCCAGUCCGGGGACCCCCCCUGAGCCGGUCCAGUGCCAGUUCUGCGAGCAGGACCCGCCGCAGGAUGCGGUGAAAACGUGCGUGACGUGCGAGGUGUCAUACUGCGAGGAGUGCCUGCGGGCGACUCACCCCAACAAGAAGCCGUUCACCGGGCACAGGCUCAUCGAGCCCAUGCCGGACUCCCACCUCAGGGGCCUCCAGUGUCUGGAGCACGAGGAGGAGAAGGUGAACAUGUACUGUGUCACUGACGACCAGCUCAUCUGCUCGCUCUGCAAACUGGUUGGAAGGCACAGGGACCACCAGGUGGCAGCACUGAGCGACCGCUAUGAAAAACUUAGGCAAGCCCUGGACUCCAACCUGAGCAACUUGAUCAAGAGGAACAAUGAGCUGGAGUCCCUGAUGGGGAAACUGAUCCAGACUUGUCAAAAUGUGGAGGUGAACGCAUCCCGUCAGGAGGGCAAGCUCAUGGAGGAGUGUGAUCUCCUGAUUGAAAUCAUUCAGCAGAGGAGGCAGAUCAUUGGCAGCAAGAUCAAAGAGGGGAAGUCACAAAGGCUGCGGAAGCUCGCCCAGCAGAUCUCCAACUGCAAGCAGUGCAUCGAGAGGUCCUCGGCUCUCAUCACACAGGCCGAUCAGACGCUGAAAGAAACCGAUCACGCUCGCUUCCUCCAGACCGCCAAGAGCAUCAACGAGAGGGUCUCCAUGGCAACCGCAUCAACCCAAGUUCUCAUCCCUGAGAUACACCUAACGGACACGUUCGACACUUUUGCCCUGGACUUCGCCAGAGAGAAGAAGAUGCUGGAGAAUCUGGAUUAUCUGACCGCUCCGAGUGCUCCGUGCAUAAGGGAAGAGCUGUGCACGGCUUCCUACGACACCAUCGCCGUGCAUUGGACGUCGGAUGAUGAAUUCACAGUGGUGUCCUAUGAGCUGCAGUACGCCAUCUUUACUGGACAGUCCAACAUUGCCAGUUUGUGCAACUCACUGGAGAGCUGGAUGAUUGUUCCCAACAUCAAGCAGAACCACUACACGGUGCAUGGUCUGCAGAGCGGCACCAAGUAUAUAUUUGUUGUCAAGGCCAUUAACCAAGCAGGAAGCAGAAGCAGUGAACCAGGGACCCUGAAGACUAACAGCCAGCCGUUCAAGCUCGACCCUAAAUCAGCGCACAAGAAGCUCAAAGUGUCCCACGAUAACCUGACGGUGGAGCGGGAUGAAACCACGUCAAAGAAAGGCCACAGCCAGGAGCGAUUCUCCAGCCAGAACAGCUACGGCGUGGUGGGGAACGUCUACAUCGACAGCGGCCGUCACUACUGGGAGGCUCUGAUUGGAGGGAGCACAUGGUACGCUGUGGGCAUUGCCUACAAAUCCGCCCCCAAGCACGAGUGGAUCGGCAAGAACUCGGCCUCCUGGGUGCUCUGCCGCUGCAACAACUCCUGGGUGGUCCGCCACAACAGCAAAGAGCUGGCCAUCGAGCCGUCGCCUCACCUGCGGCGCGUCGGGGUCCUGUUAGACUACGACGCCGGCUACCUGACCUUUUACGACGCCGUGGGCUCCCAGCACCUGCACACCUUUCACGUCUCCUUCAUCCAGCCCGUGUGUCCUGUAUUUAAUGUGUGGAACAAGUGUCUGACCAUUCUCACUGGUCUGCCCAUCCCUGAUCAUUUAGAAGGACUGGAUCCCCAAGACUGAACACGACACACAGACCAGGAAAUAUCUGUUUAAAAUGGCCUACAUCUCUUUAAAGCUGUGCUGGGUAUAACCUGUAAAAACAAGCAUUGUGUUCUGUUAAAAACUGUACCUGUAAAACAACUUCUAAUGAUCCUCCUUAAGAGCUUCUUUUUGCUUUUUACACUUUGGGAGUGAAGUCGAAUUAAAUGGAACAGGAAUGAAGACAAACUGGAUUGGCCAAAGCAUUGAGGAACAAAGCAAAAAUCUAGAAAAUGGGAAGGAUGAAGUCAUGUAGAGAAAAAAGUCAAAACGAUGAGGAUGCAGGUAAAAUAUGCAGAACUAUGACAGUUAGUGCCAGGUAUUAAAAGGAAGUAAAUCAAAUGACAAAGACUUGGAGUUUACAAUUUUAGGUUCUUUUUGAUCAUAAGUACGGCAGAUUGAGAGAUGCAGAGGAUACGGGGGGGCAAGCUUAACUUAAACUAGAUCACUGGUGCAGAUGUUUCAUACGUGUACCACUAUUAGUAAAGGAGGACCAGAAGUAAAGAGAGCAGGACAGGGAGCAGAAGAUAAAGAAGGCUAUGCAAGGGAAGCUAACUGCGAAGCUAAGUGUAGGAAAAAAAAAACAAUUUUUGGCAAAUCAGUUGCUAAAGAAUUCAAGUGCUUAUUGAUUACUUAAGUAACUUUCUACAACAAAGACAUAACAGCAGUGAUCAUAAAUUAUUGGCUGCAAAUAUAGGCCUGUACUUGCUGUAAAUAUCAGCAUGUGUCAGCUGGAUAUAUUGGCCUUCAAAGGGUGCAAAUAUACACUUACAUUUGCUCCAUUUAUCAGCCUUUAUUGGCUGGAUAUAUCAGCUUUCAUCAGCCGUAAAUAUCAGCCUUCAUUGGCUGUAUAUAUUAGCCAGUAAUCAGCUGAUAAUAUAAGCAACCAUUUGCUGUAUUUAUCGGCUGUUAAUAUCAACCUGUGUCGGCUAUAUAUAUAUUGGCUUGUACCAGCUGUAAAUAUUGGCUGUCAGCUGAAAUUAUUGGCUGUAUAUAUCAGCUUUUAACAGCUGUUUAUAUUGGCCAGUAUUGGCUGUAAAUCCUGGCCUGUAUCAGCUGUUAAUAUUAGCUUUAAUCAGCUGUCAACAUCAGCCUAUAUCAGCCUAUAUGUGCAGUAUAUAUUGGCCUGUCUCAGCUGUAAAUAUUGGCCUGAAUGAGCUGUCAAUAUCAGCGUAUAUUGGUUGUAAUCAUCAGCUGUACGACUAAGUUGAUGGAUUUUUAGGCUGGAUCUUGUAACUUAAAUUCUGAAUUGUGUUCUAAAGUUUGAAUUUGUAGGUCUAAACUUCAUUUAUAUACAGUUUUGAUUUCAGUAUCAGCUAAAGUGAAUUUGGAAUUAUCAGAUUAUUGGACACAACAUCCCAUAUCAUGCAUCCCAAAUGUCCAGCUCAUUUUAAAAUGUAUUCCCAAUCUCAGCUAAAUCACUGCAGUACCUGUAAUCCUAGAGUGUGACAUUGAUGUCUCUAAGAGAUUGUAUGACCCAAACAAGUUUCCAUACUUUUCUGCAAUCACUGAUUGGCUGUUACGCUAGAAUGACCACGUAGCUUGUUACUUCAAUAACCCACUAAAAUAAAGUAGUCGCUCUCAUUUGUGAUACAUGACUACCCAGUGCAGCUUUAACCAUCACUGCAGACUCUAGAGUUAUUUUCACUUGUUUACCAUGAUUCCUAACCACAACAGUGACUCCAGAAAGAAGCAAACAAUCUUCCAAACCGAUGACACUAAACAAGGACAAAUGGACCAAGCUGAGCUAGGAAUUUCUACUUUGAGGCACUUUGGGUCACAAAUGGCGACUAGGAAACAAGCCACCAAUCAAUUUCUAAUUCUCACCUUAUCUGCGAUCGCACUUUGAUGACCACUCCCACACACUCACACCUCAGCUUGAAUCAAUCACGGCUAGAGAGAGGAGCAGAAGUACAGAUGUACAUUUUGUAAAUUCACCCCCGUCCCCCUUAUCUCUCCCUCGUUUUAAUAAGAUGGAACCAAAGUAGCCAUUGCUGUCUCUUCAGAUGUCUUUACAGAAAUUUUACAUAACUUAAUAAAAGCUUAAUUAUUUUUAAAAACAUACCAGAGGAUAUAGCAUUAUGCUAAUAUUAAAACGCAGGAUUCCCUUAAAGGUAGACCUUGUUUUUUGCACAUUGUUCAUACUUUAUUCAUGGUUUUAUAACCUGCUUCUUCUUGGUGCAAUUAACAUGCAUUUCUAUUGGGAACGUGUGGUGUUUUUGUUGACUUAUUGUGUUGAUCUUUAGCAGCCAGAUACCAUUUUGAUUUAAGGUGUUAAAUAUGUGUGAAGUGUGUUAUGUUUGUAGCCCCAAGUUUUAUUCAAGCUAAGGGGUUAAAUGCACAUUUUAGUGGCUGUUUUUUUAUUUCUCACUUUUCUAUAAAAGAGCUAACUGAGACAUGUUUACUCCUUUUGCUGAAGUGUCUUCCCAUUCUACCUUCAAAUCUACAUUUUUAUGUUAUUUUACACACUCAAGUCUUAUUUAAUUCCAUUUAAGUGCAGGAUAUUGUUGGAAAAGGUUGCAUAUUCUAAAAUUUAUUGAGACAAUACAGCUAUAAAAAAGGGGCUGGCCUCAGAUUUGCUGCACCUUGAUGAACACCGUUGACUCUUCAUUUUAUUAUGGUUUAAGUUCUUUAUUUCUUAAUAUUAGAAAGGACAGACAAUUACUUAAAGGUUCUCCAAGGUCAGGAAGAUAAACUCCCACUUAUUUAUCCUGUAAUGCAUUUCUUUUUUAACUUUAUAAUGCUAAACGUUGACAAAAAUGGCACCUGCCAGUGUAAAUACAAAGAUCUGGUUGUAUGUUUGCUUUGUUUCACUUCCUGGUACACUUUAAAGUAUGACAAUAACAAUCUACUCUUAAUUUCUGUGUUCCCCUGGCAGUUAUUACAACCGUGUCUCCAUUGUAUCUGAUAUGAAUAUGUAGUGCUUAAUUUAAUGUCUCCAUUUGAACUUUAUGACCAUGGUGUUCUAUGUUCCGUCUCUGUGGACAUGUUUAUGGAAAAAGGAUAUGAGCGUUUGCACCGCUGUUGUUUUGGGAUAUGUC